CCGCACACACCGCUCUCUCAUUGUCUCUAUGUCCCUCACUCUCACUUUCCACUCCUUCAUAAUCCUUAUUUCCUCUGUAUAUAUACUUAUAUAGCUUUCCACUUCUUCAAUCUAAUCAAAUUCCACUUUCUUUCUACGUUAUUGAAUUUUGACAAUAUGGAGUUACAGUUGGGUCUUUCUCUGUCUUGGCCAACAACAACAACAAGAUUCAGCAAAGGGUUUGAUUUGAAUAAUCAAAUCAUGGAUAAUUCAUCUUCUGAUCGUCACAGUAUUAUCACUAGUUCUGAUACUUGUUUGGAAAUGGGGAUUAAUGUUACCAAAAAUAAACGUAGUUUUGAUAGAGCUUUUGAUCAUCAUGAGAAUCAUGUUGAUUGUACUACUUCUUCUUCCUCGGUGAACCCAGUUAAAAGAAGAACUACACUGCCGUUAGUUUCAUGGAAUGAUCAACCCAAUGAAGAUGAUGAUCAAGAAGAAGAAAAUACUCAUGUUAAUCAUCUUCCCUCUAAUACUCAGGUUGAAGAAGAGGUGAAUAGUAUUGUGGGGUGGCCACCAGUGAAGUCAUGGAGGAGGAAAUUUCAUCAUCAUUAUCAAAAUCAGCAUCCUCCUCAAUUUCAGCACCACCAGGAAAUAGCAGACGGUACUUUAGAUAAUAAUGAUCAUGUGGAUGCUGCAAACGGUGAUGGUGCCACAAACUCGAUGUACGUGAAAGUGACCAUGGAUGGAAUGGGCAUCGGAAGAAAAAUCAAUCUUCGUCUUCAUCAAUCUUAUCAAACACUUACCACCACUUUAAUCAAUAUGUUCGGCAAAUAUGAGAAUAAUGGACUUCAGGGACUAGAUGAAGUAGAAAGACAACCAUACACACUUACUUAUCAAGAUGGUGAAGGAGAUUGGCUUCUUGUUGGAGAUGUACCUUGGAAGACUUUCAUCCAAUCGGUGAAACGGUUGAAGAUACUCAAGGAAUCUAGUUCAUAGGAUUGCAGUAGUAGAUACUACUAGUAUAUAAGUAAAAUCUUAACUACUAGUUAAUGAAUGGCUGUUGAAGCCUUGUAGGAAACUAGUGUAAUUUUUUAAAGGGUUUUGGGGUGUCUUAUUUUGAUGUAUAUUGAAGAAAACAAGAUUAUGGUUAUUAACUUAAUAAUAAAGAAAAUUUGAUUAUGGGUUUAAGCC